UGGGGUACAGAGAAAAAACCCAAACCGGUACAGAAAAAACUAUCCCUUUUGUUUCGGUCUAAUCCACUCCUUUUUGUUGCAGAAGAAGUGGACUAACAAUGGCGGUCCUCGAAGCUGCUCUCUCCAUCCUCUCUCUCUCUUUCUCCUCCUCUUCUUCUUCUUCUUCGUCCUCCUCCUCAUCCUCAAAACCUCAUCUCUUCUCUAGGCAAACUAAACCCAUCUCCUUAAGUAUUCGAACUCCCACUAACCUCUCUCCCGUCUCCCCUCUCAGUAUUCCUCUUCGUGCUCGGCGAAUCGUCUCUGUAUUCUCUUCCGUCGCGGAGGAAGAAACUUCCCUUACGGAUGAGAAGACCGAAGAAACCACCCAGACGACGAAUCUCAAAAGGAAGCUCUUUGUGUUCAAUCUCCCCUGGUCUAUGAGUGUUAACGACAUCUCCAACCUCUUCGGACAAUGCGGGACUGUCUUAAGCGUCGAGAUAAUAAAGCAAAAAGAUGGGAAAAACAGAGGUUUCGCUUUCGUGACCAUGUCUUCUGGUGAAGAAGCUCAAUCCGCUGUUGAAAAGUUCGAUUCUUUCCAAGUCUCAGGGAGGAUCAUAAGGGUUAACUUUGCAAGAAAGUUCAAGAAGCCUCCUAAGCCCCUUCCUCCUUCUGCUACCUCUUCCCCUGGAGAAACACGUCACAAACUCUAUGUGUCUAACCUCGCUUGGAAAGCGAGAUCGACUCAUCUCCGUGAGUUCUUCACUGCUGCUGACUUCAACCUGGUCUCAGCUCGUGUUGUUUUCGCUGACCCUGGAGGAAGAGCUUCUGGCUAUGGCUUUGUCUCGUUCCUUACUAGAGAAGAAGCCGAGGAUGCAAUCUCUAAACUCGACGGGAAGGAGCUUAUGGGCAGACCUAUCAAUCUAAAGUUUAGCUUGAGAAGUGCUGGUGAAUCUGAAGAUAGUAACACAAUAGAAGACAACAAUACUUCUGAAGAAGAACCUGAAGAGGCUAGUGACACAACAGAAGCCUCUGAAGAAAAACCUGUGGAGUGAUGAUGACUCUUAUUCUUUCUCAGUUUAUUCUUCACUACACAUCUUUAUUACAAGUUUUGAAUAUGUAAGAACACAAAAAGUAGAAUUUAUUGGCAAACUAAGACUUCAAAAAUC